AUGUUGGGCCAGAGUGUGUGGAUAUUCACCACCUACGUGGACUGUUCCAGCCUCUGUGAGGAGGACCCGGGGAAGAAUUUGCCAUUGUUGGUGGAGAACAAGUGGUGGUUGCUGGCUACGAUGACUGUGCACUUUGGAUCUGGAUUUCCUGUUCCUUUCUUCAUAGUAAGGCAUGAGAUACUUAAAAAAUGA